AUGGAGAAACCAAGAUCGAAACCGAUUAAGAAAUUACCAGAGACAAUCCAUUCAUUACUCGAUCAACUCUCUGCACUAACAGUUCAUGUAAAUGAUCAAAACAAACGAAGAAGACAGAUUCUUAAUGAGUUCUUGGAUCUUAAAGGGAACAUUCGUGUGUUUUGUCGAGUGAAACCCUUAGACUCCAAAAACUUGAAAGCACCAGUUGCUUCUGAUACAAGAAACGUAAUAAUCAAGUUAACAGAAACUAAGAGAAAAACCUACAGUUUCGACAGAGUUUUUCAACCCGAUUCAUCACAAGAUGAUGUAUUCUUAGAGAUCGAACCAGUAAUCAAAUCGGUUAUCGAUGGUUAUAACGCUUGUAUUUUCGCGUAUGGACAAACCGGUACUGGAAAAACGUUUACAAUGGAGGGUAUUCCGGAAUCUCCAGGUAUCGUUCCUCGAGCGAUUAAGGGAUUGUUUAAACAAGUCGAGGAAAGCAAUCAUAUGUUUGUAAUCAGCUUUAGUAUGCUUGAGAUUUACAUGGGAAAUCUCAGAGACUUACUUGUUUCUCAAGCUACUAAACCUAUUGAUCCAAUACCUCCAAGUCUUGUGAUUCACACAGAUGCAAAGGGAGAGAUCGAUAUCGAGAACUUAGUGACUAUAAAAGUGAAUGACUUUAAUCAAGUCUUCAAGUUAUACAAAUUAGGUUGUAGAAACAGAGCAACUGCCUCUACUAACUCUAACUCUGCAUCAAGCAGAUCACACUGUAUGAUCCGUGUAUUGAUCACUUGUCUCGGAGCUCCUGAGAGACGGCGUGAAACAAACAAGAUUUGGUUAGUUGAUCUUGGAGGAAGCGAGCGCGUGUUGAAAACCAGAGCCGUUGGUCGUCGUUUCGAUGAAGGCAAAGCAAUUAAUCUCUCUUUAUCUGCUCUUGGAGAUGUCAUUAACUCUCUUCAACGCAAAAAUGGUCACAUUCCUUACAGAAACAGCAAGCUUACGCAAGUUCUGAAAGACUCUCUCGGGCAAGACUCAAAAACAUUGAUGCUUGUUCAUAUAAGCCCGAAAGAAGAUGAUCUGUGUGAAACUAUAUGUUCUUUAAACUUCGCAACAAGGGCAAAGAACAUUCAUUUAGGGCAGGAUGAAUCAAAGGAAGAACAAGAGAAAAAGGAAGCUGUGAUGAUGAAUCUGCAGAAGAUGAUGGAAAAGAUCGAGCAAGAACGCGAGUUAUCGUUAAGAGAGAUGAGAAAUCUAAAUGAGACAUUAGAGAAACUCUCUGGUAAGUCUCAUAUUAUUGAAGAAAAAGAAGGGUUUGUGAUUAGAGAAGAGAUUCAAGUUACUCCAAAGACACCGAAAAACAAAUCAAGACGUGCUUCAGAUGUAUUUCCGAGCUUCAUGAGACCAACAGCUAGUAGCAACAGAAGAUUAUCAGGGAACGAUUUUCGCGUAAUCUCCAAUAGUGCAAGCUUUAAGUCUAGAAGGAACUCAAUGGUAUCUGCUCGAGCCGAAUCUGUUUGUCUACCGGUAAAGAAGAACGGAUUUGAUUCUGUAUGUGACUCAUCAGGCAGGAGUAUUUCGAAUUCUACUUGCGUUAUGCGUCAGAAUACAGCGGAUGAUGCAACGACGGUUUAUAGUCAGGACAUAUCUGAAUGUGACAUUAAGUUGGUUGUUUCUGAGCAAAAGCCAAAAAUACCGGAGAUGAGCCCUGCAUCUGCGAAGAAAGUAAGUUCGAAGAUCGGUAAAUGCGAGAAAAAUGCGAGCCAGAAAGUCGGUAGAACAGAAUUUUCAAGGAUAAACAGUUGGGUUCGUUCGCAAUCCGAAAACAGACCUUACGUGCUUGACAAGAAACAACUUCCCGCGAGUUCUUUACAGGAUAAACUACGAAGAUUAAGCGGGGAUAGAUCACUGGAAAAGUCAUCUACAAAGAGUUUCUCGAGGAAGAAGAUCAUUGGUAACGAGAUCUUUGAAAAAAUGGAAGAUAUAGAAGAGUCUAAAACAGAGGAGUCAGGUAUUAAACCUAAUUUGAUGCUUAAAGAUAUGUUUGAGUUGCAAUGUCUCUGUUCUUCUGAAACAGAGGAUCAUAUUCUGUCCAAAUACCGAAAUCCUGAUGAAGACGACGAUGAUGAAUCUGUAUAUCCUCCAAGUUUAAGAUACGAUGGACUUAGCCAACACAUAGACAAUGUGUGGUUUGGAGUCGACUACGUAGCGGAUUGGGAGCAAGAUUCACCAGCCUCGGUUCCGCUGUUAGAACACGAGUCCGAUCUCAAACAGCAAUUAGCAGAAAUGGGUUUGGAUCGAUCACUCAAACCGGAAUCUCAGAGAGGUUUGGUGUUCACUGAGGAUGUAGCUCCACCAUUUCUUGUACCACAAGAAAACAUUGGAGAAAGAGGAAAAGUUCAUAUGUUUAUGCAGAAACUUCAGGCUUUAUGCUUACGUAUUCUUCUGGGCUUAGGGUUUAUUGGUGUUGGCUAUGGUAAUGACUUCUUCAACGGAUUAACCAAGUAA